AUGAGGAAGAAAUCAGAUAUACGAGUAGUUGUUGGUAUUGAUUUUGGAACAACUUAUUCGGGCUUUGCAUUAGCAAGUGUUGCGAAUCCAGAUACCAUAGAAACUAAUGAGGCAUGGCCAGGAAUCCGAGGACAAUUGAAGACGAAUACUGUACUCGCAUAUGACGAGGAAUUAAAUGUGGUUAAAUGGGGAAAUCCUGCUCUUUCUGAAAAACCAUCGAAGAAAAGGCCGUCGUCAUCAUCAGAUAAAAAGUUACAGAAACCGGUAGAACUCUUCAAAUUGCACUUUUCUAAUCUUGAUAAAAACGAGAAACCACCAUUACUGCCCGGGCUUGAUUAUCAGAAAGCGGUUGCUGAUUAUUUAUGCGAAAUGGGAAAAUUGAUAAAAAAAACACUAGAAACAAGAUGGCCAGGUCUUGAUUUCUAUAAACACGUGAGAGUAGUUGUAACAGUUCCAGCAGAGUAUAAUGAGUAUGCAAAAGGAACGAUGCGAACAUGCAUCUAUAAAGCAGGACUGUUGGACACUUUGAACUCGGAUAAAUUAGAGUUCACGACUGAACCUGAGGCUGCUGCCAUAUAUUGUAUAAGGGUACUUAAGGAAUACUCAUUAAAAGCGAAUGACGCAUUUAUGAUCGUUGAUUGUGGUGGUGGAACAACAGACUUGACGACCCGAAAAUUCACAGCAGCAGGCAGAUUAGAAGAAAUGACAGAAAAUUCUGGAGAAUACUGCGGUUCAACAUUCGUGGAUCGUGAAUUUCUAAAAUUUCUUGCACGGAAAUUAGGAGUGGGCGCAAUAGCAAAACUAAGAGAACAUCAUUACUCACAACUACAAUAUCUCUUGCAAGAAUUUUGUUUGUCGGUGAAAUUACGAUUCGACGGAGAGCGUGAGACGUUUCAAACUCACGACUUAGAUCUCGAGGACGUGUGUCCAACCAUAAAGAAAUAUGUGGUUGGCGAAGCCUUGAAAACCAUGGAAGAUGCCGAAUGGCUGAUCGAAUUAGAUUUUGAUACGGUGAAGGAAUUUUUUGACAAAGUGUUGGUGAGGAUUUUGAAGCUCAUUAAGCUUCAGCUGAUGAAAACUGAGUAUCCAUGUUCGGCUAUCUUUCUGGUUGGCGGAUUUGCGCAGUCGCCGUAUCUUUUAAAGAGAGUGAGAGAAGAAUUCAAUAGUAAAGUUUCAUAUAUUGCUGUCCCUAUCGAGCCGAUCGCCAGUAUCGUGAGAGGGGCGGUUUAUUAUGGGCUUGAUAUGGAUAUUGUUCGAACUCGCGUACUCAAACGAACUUACGGAAUUGACAUCACGAGAAACUGGAAUGAAGACGACCCAAUCAAUCGUCGUGUGUCUGGCAGCGUAAUAGAUGUAUUCCAACCAUUAGCAAUUCGCGGUUCUAAAGUAGAAGUUAAUCAAAAAUUCACGUGCAUUCUACAUCCGUCGUUUCCGGAACAAAGUAUCAUUUCUUUUCCUAUUUACACGACUGAUCGUGAUUCCGCUAAGUAUUGCGAUGAAGAUGGAAUGAAAAUGAUUGGAAAGUUGACUGCUGAACUUCCGGAUAUGCAUCUUGGUAAAGACAGACCCAUUGAGUUUAGUCUAACGUUUGGCAAGAUAGAAAUUCUAGCGACUGCUCGCAAUCUAAUUUCUGGUCAAGUUUACGAAACGAGUUUUGAUUUGGAGUAUCUGGACUAA